CAAACAUUGCUGAUUUCUAAUUAAGCUUCCUCAUACUAACCAAAUGUGGACUUUGCUUUGCAAUUGACUGCUUCUCUGUGGGAUGCAGCUUACUUUCCCAAGGCGGGAUUGCUACCUGUGUGGCGGUCCGCACUGGGCAAGGGAGUGCCCGCAGCGGAACAAGCUCAACGCCAUCAUCUCAGCGAUUGGGGAGCCAUCCCAAGCGGGGGAGACACAGUUGGGAGCAAUGCAAGUUCUCAACGCCAUACGGGCUAAGGUGCAGAGUGGGGGUGACGCCAAGGUCCGUGCCAUGGCUGAACAGAGGGGUGGCGGCAAGACCCUCAAAUAUGUCACUGUCAAGAUCAAAGGGGUAAGCGUCCGUGCUCUGUUGGAUAGUGGCGCUAACCAAAAUUUGAUUGCAGUGAGUCUUGCGGAGAAGCUGGGUCUGCCAUACACCAAGGAACCAGGAUGGGUGAAGGUGGUCGACAAUCCUUCUCAGCCCAUCUGUGGAGUUGCACGCGGAGAGCCCGUGCAGAUAGGCUCAUGGUCGGGGAAGGUUGACUUGAAUGUCAUAACCAUGAGCGACUUCAAGCUGGUGUUGGGUGGGGAGUUUAUCGACCAACUGUUGCCUUUCACCUUCACCAAAGAUGGCUGCAUACGUUUUGAGGACAGGAACGAGAGUCACAAGGUGCCACUGGAGCGGCUACCCGCUGGAGACCGCGUCCUCUCGGCUAUACAAGUAUCUAAAGGCAUCAAACGAGGUGAGGAUACUUAUUUAGCUGCUUUAAAGGAAUAUAGUACCUCGUCUCUUGAUGUCCCACAGGAAGUUCAAGGCAUUCUCUGUGAGUUCGAAGAUGUGAUGCCCCCGGAGCUGCCAAAGAAGCUUCCACCACGGAGGGAGGUAGAUCAUGCCAUUGAGCUGGAGCCUGGUUCGAAACCACCAGCAAUGGGUCCAUACCGCAUGGCUCCACCUGAGUUGGAGGAACUCCGGAAGCAACUUAAAGAGCUACUAGAUGCGGGGUUCAUCCGUCCCUCCAAAGCACCCUAUGGAGCGCCAGUGCUGUUCCAAAAGAAGCACGACGGGACCCUCCGCAUGUGCAUCGACUACCGGGCGCUCAACAAGAUCACAGUGAAGAACAAAUACCCCAUUCCUUUGAUUGACGACCUGUUUGACAAGCUUGGGAAGGCACGAUGGUUCACCAAGCUCGACUUGAGGUCGGGGUAUUGGCAAGUGAGAAUAGCCGAUGGGGACGAGGCAAAAACCACCUGUGUGAUGCGUUACGGUGCAUACGAGUUCCUGGUGAUGCCUUUCGGCCUCACAAAUGCUCCAGCUACUUUCUGCACCUUGAUGAACAAAGUCGUCCACCCAUUCCUUGACAAAUUCGUGGUGGUAUACUUAGACAACAUUGUGGUCUACAGCGAGACACUGGAGGAGCAUGUGCAGCAUCUUCGACAAGUCUUCCAGGUGUUGCGUGAGAAUGAGCUCUACGUGAAACCGGAGAAGUGCUCAUUUGCGCAACAGGAAGUGAUGUUCCUAGGCCAUUGGGUAGGCCACGGGAAGAUAUCGAUGGACUCGGCCAAGGGGUAUUCGGCAAGGGCCACACCCUUGACAGACUUGCUCAAGAAGAAGGUCUCGUGGGAGUGGACAGCGGAGUGUCAACGAGCCUUUGAGGACUUGAAGCAAGCGAUGAGCCAAGAACCAGUGCUUGCACUGCCCGACUAUGGGAGGCCUUUCGAGAUGCACACUGACGCGUCGGACUUGGCAAUCGGGGGAGUCUUGAUGCAAGAUGGCUUGAGAGCCGCAAGCUCAAUGACACAGAGAGGCGGUAUCCGGUUCGUGAUCAAGACUGAUAACGUAGCUACGAGCUACUUCCAAAGGCAGAAGAAGCUCACGCCCAAGCAAGCAAGAUGGCAAGACUUCUUGGUUGAAUUCGACUAUGUGAUGGAAUACAAGCCUGGGCGGGCUAACGUUGUGGCAGAUGCGCUGAGCCGCAAGGCUAUGUUCACCUCCAUCAGUCGACCUGAGGGUAACAUAUUGGAUCGUUGCAAUGAUGGUGCUUUGUAUACUACGGGGAAUCGCUUAUAUAUCCCGAAGUGGGAAAAUUUACGACGUGAGCUGAUGAAGGAGUGCCACGACUCGAGGUGGGCUGGACAUCUAGGAAUCAAGCGCACCAUGGCACUGGUGGAAGAAUUAUAUUAUUGGCCACGAAUGCGAGAUGAUGUUGAGGCCUAUGUAAGGACGUGCCUGGUGUGCCAGCAAGACAAAAUCAAGCAGCGGCAACCUGGGGGUCUCUUGGAGCCCCUGCCAGCCCCAGAACACCCUUGGGAGUGCAUCACCAUGGACUUCAUCUCAUCUCUCCCACAGUCUGAAGGGUGCGGGUCUAUACUGGUCGUAGUUGAUCGAUUUUCGAAGUAUGGAACCUUCAUCCCAGCCCCACGGGAUUGCAAGGCGGAGGAAGCAGCACGCUUAUUUUUCAAGCACGUGGUGAAGUACUGGGGGCUUCCUUGCAUCAUCAUUAGCGAUUGGGAUCCGAGGUUCACGGGGAAGUUUUGGAGGGAACUCUUCAAGUUCAUGGGAUCAGACCUCCACUUCUCCACGAGCUUUCAUCCGCAAACGGACGGGCAAACGGAGCGGGUGAAUGCCCUACUGGAGCUGUAUUUGCGGCAUUUUGUAAGUGCCAAUCAACAUGACUGGGCCAAAUUGUUGGACGUGGCUCAAUUUUCCUACAAUCUGCAGCGGAGUGAGGCCACCCAGCAAAGCCCCUUCGAGAUCGUGACAGGCCAACAACCGUUGCCACCUCACUAUGUGACGCGAGGCUAUACUGGUGCAAGUCCUGCUGCAUACAACUGGGCAAAAGAUUGGCAGGAGCAGCUGGAUGUGGCUAAAGUUUACUUGGACAAGGCCUCCAAAAAGAUGAAGAAGUGGGCAGACAAAAAGCGACGGCCGCUGGAAUUCCGAGUGGGCGACCUUGUGAUGGUGAAGCUACCAGCCCAGCAGUUUAAAGCCUAUCAACAAGUCCACAAGGGGCUGGUGCGUCGAUACGAGGGACCCUAUCCAAUUCUGGGAAAGGUAGGAAAGGUGUCUUACCGUGUCGAUCUUCCACCAAAGCUGAAGAUACACCCGCUUCAUAAGCCUCUUUGUCCCAGAGGUGGACUGCGCCCAGCACCAAGGGAAGGCUGACUUGGUUUGGUUAAGGGGUGAAAUCCAAGCUAAGUGCCGCACGGUGACUAGCUAGAGUCUCGUCCCGUGACAGGCGGCUAUAAAAACUUUAGAAAGAA